CUUCCUUCUAACACUCUUCUCGCUAUGAAGUAUGCUUUGGUCUGCAUGCUCAUCCUCGCCGCUGUCGCCUACGUCGCCGCCGAAAAUGAACCCGUCCCUGCCGGGGUUGUCGUGUACGUCCAUGCUCACGCUGUGUCGGCCCCUGCUGAGUCAAUCGCCGUCGAAUCAGCCGAAGCCACGAGCCCUGACGACAUUGUCCAGGACUUUGAGAAGCUCGUGCGCACCGGAAUGAAAGACUUGAAGACGAUCGCGAGCUUGGUCCAGUUGAUUCGAACCAUCGCCACAACGGGCCUCAACGCCGACAACGGCAAGCAAUUCGUUGCGGCCAUUCAAAAAGCCAUCCAAAUUGGCGAUCUCCGCGGAAAGGACGGCAAGGACCUAGUGAAGGACAUCAAGGCCAUCGUCGUCCGUGGACAAGUCGACGGUCCCAAAGUGGUCGCUGACAUCAUGAAGGUCCUCGAAGACGGGAUGAAGACUGCGACGGUCGCCGAUCUCAUCAGUGACCUACAAAAAGUUAUUCAAAAUGCCAGCAAGGACGUCACGACGACCCUCAAUUUGGUCAAGCAGAUCCAAUCGAUCCAACGCAACGGACUCAACGUCGUCAACGGGGCGCAGUUGGUGCUCGACAUUCGAACGGCCAUUUCGGCUGGCAUCUUGCACGUCAAGGACGGCGCUAACCUUGUCCGUACGAUCGAAGACAUUGUGAAGAAUGGCAUGUCGUUGAAAGAUGGCGCCCUUGUCGUGGAAGCAAUCCAGAAAGCGCUUGAAGCCGCACUUACCCCGUUUGACCCGCUCCCAAGGAUCUGUCGUCGCAAGGGUGUUGGGCGCGGUGUGGGCACUGUUUUAGAAAACCAGUGCAAGGAGGGCGAAGAAGCGUACGGGGCCUUGUGCUACCCGACGUGCAUGGAAGGGUACGAGAAGAUCGGGUGCUGCAUCUGCCGCAAGAAGGGCUGCAGCGGUGCCAAGGGCGUCACGGAUAUUGGCGUGUCGUGCACAAAGCCCGCCGCGUACGGCCGCGGCGUCGGCUACGCCCUGUGGCAAGAAGACAAGUGCAAGAAGGAGAACGGCGGUAGGUGCGAGAAAAAUGGCUUGAUGUGGUACCCCCAGUGCCGCACGGAUUUCCACCCUGUCGGGUGCUGCAUCUGCUCGCCGAAUUGCCCUGCUGGUACGACCGACGAUGGCGCGUUCUGCCGCAAGAGCUCAUAUGGCGUCGGUGUCGGUGUGUCUCGCUUGGGAUGCCCCGCUGACAAGGAACAGAGUGGUGCGUUAUGCUACCGACCUUGCGCCACUUCCUUUAUCGGCAUCGGCCCCGUGUGCUGGUCGCAAUGCUCUGGCGAUACUCCGUUCAAGUGUGGCCUCUUUUGCACGUCGUCGGCUGCAACUUGCUCUUCGUCGACUGUUCAAAUUAUUGGCUCAGCUAUCAAGGUCGCCUUGAGUCUAUUCAACGAGGACUACCCCGGCGCUGCGGUGGGUGUUGCCGAAGGUGGCAAAAAGAUCAUCACGAUCUCGCAAUGCUCGUAACACUAUGCUGCCUUGACCGACCGGGCCAGCAUGAUGGGCCACGCCAGAGCUGACACAGCGUCGCGGAGGCGCUUGCAUUUGUAUGUGUACAACUUGGAUGGAUUGGUGUAAAAUGUAUCUUGUAUUGCAACGGACACCAUCGAGUUAGAAGCGCACUUCGGGAAUCAUUUGGCUGUACAACACAUCAGACGGAGACUCGACGGCUACGACAGAGCCACUAAGUACGUCGCAGUCCCAAAGCGCGACACAUCUUUGAUCACGCUUCAAGUU